CUUCACCCGCGCAACUCCCCGUUGCGUUUCGGAGACUGCUCUAGGUCCCCGUCUAGGUUAGCCUCGUCCCGCACGUCGCAACCUCUCCGCGAAGAUGGCCGCUAUCGCCUCCUUCCAAUUGGCUGCUGUCGCGCCGGCGUGCGCGAAGCGCAGCGUGGGUGCCAAGGGCCUCAAGGCUUCCGCUUCCUCCGGCUUCAUGGGCACCUCUCUCGCCACCCCCGUCCGCGCCGGAGUUGCGCGCGCGGCUGGCGCGUCUGCCCUUAAGGUCGAGGCUCGCCUCGACGCGGGUGUGGGGGUUUUCGGCAACAAGGCCGGCAUGACGCAGAUUUUCACGGACGAAGGCCUGUGCAUCCCCGUGUCCGUCAUCGCCGUCCAGAAGGGCAACGUCGUGACUCAGGUGAAGACCGUCGACACCGACGGCUACAACGCGGUUCAGGUUGCCUACGACGAGGUUGCUGACUACAAGAUCACCAAGCCCGAGGUUGGCCACUGCGCCAAGGCUGGCGUCGCGCCCAUGCGCCACCUCGAGGAGUUCCGCCUGGCGCAGGCGCCCGCGCACGAGCUCGGGCAGCAGCUCAAGCCCAGCGAGAUGUUCACCGCGGGUGACCUGGUGGACGUGCGCGGCGCCUCCAUCGGUAAGGGCUGGCAGGGUGCGGUGAAGAAGUACGGCUUCUCUCGCGGUCUCAUGACGCACGGUUCCAAGAGCCACCGUCAGCACGGUUCCGUCGGCGCCGGCACCACCCCCGGCCGCAUCUACCCUGGAAAGAAGAUGCACUCGCAGAUGGGCAACGAGACGGUGACCGCCCGCAAGCUCAAGGUGGUGAAGGUCGAGGACGACUGCAUCAUCGUGAAGGGUUCCGUGCCGGGUAAGAGGGGUAACCUGCUGCGCAUCGCUCCGGCGAAGAUCGUGGGCAAGAACGUCUAGACGGUCGUGCCUUAGGCUUUGCUAUUAUUGUUUUUUUGGCCGAGCCUCGCUCUGGGGGCGCGAUGGAGGGAGGAGCCCUCCGCCCCGGGCGCGAGCGCGCGGCACGCGUGCGAUACACCUUAGAAGAGAAACAUUUCUUUCUGUAAUAAACCAGAAUACGAGUUCGCUCG